CGCGCUCCCGGCCGCACAGAUAUGCUCCAACCAUGUCGCCAUUUUGAUCUGAAAAAUAUGACUGAGUUUCGCUGCCUCUUCGCAUGCUGAUGCUAACGUAGCCCCCCUGCGCCGCACCGAGUUUACGCGUGACCACGAAUCCCCCCUCCCCGGACGGUCCGAAGCCCUCGUCCCGGCCUCCCCCGUCGGCCUCCCGCGCGCGUCCGGACCCGGUGAUUUGGUUGUUUUUGUGGAGCCGCAGACAUUCAAAACAAAACACUUAGCACGUUAGCAGUUAGCACCAGAGCUAGUGACUUAUUAGCUCGCUGCCGGACGGAAAAACUCUGCGGAAAACUCACGAAAACGACCGAAGGGACGACGAGAGGGCUCCGACACAAAGUUGUUUGACCCCUGCGUGACCUCUGUGUGCCCUCUGUGUGCCCCAGGUUAUGUUGGCGCUGCAGAGGCUCGUCUCCUGAAGAGGCCCAGCUCAGAGCAGACUCAUGCUGAUAAAUGCCAGCCCGCGCCGCCCUCUGCACACGUCUCUACCACAGAUGCCCAGCCGCCCGCACGGGCCGUCUGAGUAACGAGAGCCACUCUUCUUACACUGGGCCGUGCCCCCCCUCCCAGUGGCAGCCAUGUUUUGGAAGUUCGACCUCCACACCACGUCCCACAUCGAGCAGCUCCUGAAGCGAGAGGACGUGACCCUGAGGGAGCUGAUGGAGGAGGACGACAUCCUGCAGGAGUGUAAGGCCCAGAACAGACACCUGCUGCUGUUUCUGUCCCAGGACCAGUGCAUGAAGGAGCUGGUGGAGCUGAUCACCACGGAGCCCUCAGAGGAGCUGGAGGAGAGGAGCAGGUUCAAGUUUCCGAACAUCGCGUGUGAGCUGCUGACUUCAGACGUGUCCAUCCUGAACGACAAACUGGGCGGAGACGAGUCGCUCCUGGAGAUGCUCUACCGCUUCCUGGAGCAAGAGCCACCCCUGAACCCGCUCCUCGCCAGCUUCUUCAGCAAAACCAUCGGGAACCUCAUCGCCCGCAAGACCGAGCAGGUGAUCACGUUCCUGAAGAAGAAGGAGAGCUUCAUCGGUCUGGUGCUCAAACACAUCGAUGCGUCGGCCAUGAUGGACCUGCUGCUGCGUCUCAUCAGCUGCGUGGAGCCGGCGGCGCUGAGGCACGACGUCCUGCAUUGGUUGAAUGAGGAGAAGUUGGUGCAAAGACUCACGGAGCUGAUCCACACUGGGAACGAUGAGGAGAGACAAUCAAACGCAUCCCAAACUCUGUGUGACAUAAUCCGCCUUAGUCGAGACCAGGCCAAUCAGAUGCAGGAGAACUCAGAGGACCCACUAUUGGCAGUGCUGGAGUCGCAGGAGAGUGUCUCUGAGCUGCUCAAAAACAUGUUCGAGGGAGAGAGGAGCGAGGCCUCCAUCGUGAAUGGAACUCAAGUGCUACUUACUCUACUGGAGACCAGGAGGUCAGGGUUGGACGGGCUGAUGGAUCUUUAUUCUCAGGGUUAUGAACGGUCUUACACUGUCAGCUCCAGUAUUUUAAACGCCAUCGAGCCCCAUUUAAAAGACUUCCAGCAGAUCCUCCUCGAGCCCCCUCAGAAAAGUGCAAUAUUGACGACGGUGGGGGUCCUAGAGCGCCCCCUGGGGAACGCCCGGCUCCACGUGGCGCGACUCGUGGCGUCUCUGCUCCAGACCAACAGCCCGUCUGUGUGUAAAGAGCUGUGCCGCCUCAACACCAUCGACCUACUACUGGAUCUGUUCUUCACUUUCACCUGGAAUAACUUUUUGCACUUCCAAGUGGAGCUGUGCGUGGCGGCCAUCUUGAACCAGCCCUCUUCCCCCGAGGAGCGAUCGAACCUCCAGCCCAACCACCAGGGGGCAGUGCCGAGUCCCGAGCCCAUCGAGGCCCCAGCGCAGGAGGAGCCCGCCAGAGAAACCCCAGCCUCGGAUCACAACUCUCUGGUAGCCCAUUUGUUCCAGAAUUGUCGGCUGGUUCAGAGGAUCCUGGACGCGUGGGAGGAGAACGACAGAAUACAGAGCGAAGGCGGCACGCGCAGAGGGAACAUGGGCCACCUGACCAGAAUCGCCAACAUGGUGGUCCAAAACGUGGAGAGGGGACCAGUCCAGGCCCAGAUCUCAGACCUGAUCAAAGAGCUGCCCGAGGACUGCAGGGGGCGCUGGGAGAGUUUUGUGGACGAGACGCUCAGAGAAACAAACAGAAGAAACACGGUGGAGCUGGUGAGCACUCACAACAUGCACUCGUCCAGUGAGGAUGACGACAUCGAGAGCCCCUUCCCCAACGACCUCUCACUGCAGCAGGCCUUCUCAGAUUAUCAGAUCCAACAGAUGACGGCCAACUUCGUCGAUCAGUUUGGGUUCAACGACGAGGAGUUCAGCGAGCACGACGAAAACAUCAAUGCCACUUUUGACCGAAUCGCCGAAAUCAACUUUAACCUCGAUGCGGACGACAACAGUGCCAACGCAGCUGCUUUCGAAGCCGCCUGUAAAGAGCGGAUCAGACAGUUCGACGACGCGGACGAAGACGAGGACAUCUGGGAGGAGAAGGAGAUCAACUAUGCAACUCAAGCGAAAUCCAGGACAAGGUUCGGCGUGUCUCAGUCGUCCGAGGGAGGAUCCAGGAGCAGCUUGGAAAACGGUCGAGACGCCGAAGGAUCCGAGUCGGACGAAGAAAACGAGUCCACAGAGACAGGUCCCGGUUGGACGGCCACGUUCGGAGACUCUGGGGGUCCGGCGGCGGCGCAGAGCCCAGUGCAGUGGGACUCUCCUGGGGACAAGAGCCAGGACUCGGGCUGGGCCAACUUCACAGAGUUCCAGCCUUUUUCUGGUGUCGACAGGGAGCCGCGGUGCAGCUCUCCGGUCGGCGCUCAGACUGAAGCCAAACCAGAGCAGCCUUCCUCUGGAGCUCCGGAGGAACAGGGGACCCCGGCGCCCGCCUCUGCCCCAGAACAGAGCUCCCCCGCCGGGUCAAAGUCACAGGAGAACCCCCCUGUCCAAAGCAACGCCCAGACCAGCCCACAGGACGGCACAACACAGAGCAGUGAGGAGAUCUCCGACUCGCUGGAGAAACUGUCUUUAUCUGAGGAGACGCCCGCCAAAUCAGAGGCACAGGCCGGCAGGAAAGAGGAGCCUGCAGCUGUCCCGGUGGAGGUCUCCGUCAACGGUCCGGUUUGAUCCAAAAACAAAUAUCGUCCAAAAAGAAAAAAAAACAACAAAAAACUAAAACUUGGGCUGCUCCUCGACCUCCAGAAUCCAUCCUCCACAAAGUUAAACACAAAUCAUCAAAAAAUCACCUCAAAUUUCUGCUUAAAAAUUCGACAAAUCCUCCCCCCCCCACCACCACCACAUGGAACCGGGCACUGCCGAAGUCCGUCCCCGGCGUCUCCGAGCGACGGGGGAUGCGACUUUUACGCUGAAAAAAAAUCACAAAAAAUCACAAAAUGGCGGACAUCUCUUCUCCUUCUCCUGCUUCUUCUCAAACCGGCGAGACAAAACGGAGGACCUCUCUUUUUCCACAGACUUCUUCUUUUUUCUCGAGACGUUGCACAUUUUAAAAAACUUUUGGUGCGUUUUUUUCGAUGUAGCAAAAACGACGCGACAGAAUCCAAGAUGGUGGCAACAUUUACUAUUUUUUUAUCGUCCAAGGAAAAAAAAUUUAAAAAUAUGUAAUAACAGUUUUACAAAUCGAUGGAAGAGCACAGGUUAGAUUUGAGAAACUUCUUCUGUAGUUAAAAUAAUGUAUGCACUUGUUGAAUUUCUAGCACAAUUCAUAUCUGCUGGGCUGUCUACCGUUUUAAUACCAUUAUCCAUGUUUUAUUUUGGAAAAAAAAAAAGUCCUCAUGAAUUCAUCCAUGCUGUUUUAUUUUGAAAUUUCCGUCAAGUGCUUUCUGGGGAGGAAGAUGGGGGCGUUUUUAUUUUUAUCGUGAGGAAAAAACAAAAAUAGUAUUAACUGCUCAAUGUGCAAUAAUGACGAUCAGCCAUUUUAUUUAAAAGAUUAAAUUUAGUUUUUUUUUUUUGUUUUUUUUUUUUCCUCUCUCAAACUAAUCAAGGCUGGUUUAAAGACGCGCUGUGGAACUUUUCUAGGAGAUGGAGGGUCGUUUCCGUGGAUACCGCUCUGCCGGUGCGGCCGCAGACUGUUGAUACGGACGGACGCGGCGCCGGACACGGUAAACGUCGAGUUCCGAACGGGAAACGAGCCCGGGCGCGAUUCCGGCUCCAUCGGCUCUGGCUCCAGUUCACGUUUUAUUGAAAAACCGCGGCUCCUCUCGCUGUAGCCGGUCCGUUUUGGGAUUAAAAUGUUCGUUUUAACCCGCUCUACGUGAUCCUGGGUUGUUUUCUUUUCGAUAUUUUGUCCGUAAAUCAAGAUCUGAACGUUAAUAACAAACCAAUCAGGCGACUUCUUUCCGCGAGGUCGAGCAGAUUUGAUUGACAGCGUUUAUAAGUAGAGCUGGUAUCAUUAAGAAGUUGUCGAUACGAUACAAACCUCGAUACACAGGCUGCGAAACGAUUACGAUGUUUUUUGUUAGUGAGCUUUCGAUUCAAUGCGGUUCAGUGAAAAACAAAGACUACAUCGUGGCUCUGAUGCUAAAAGUCUUUGUUAAACCACUAAGUUUGUACAAAGUUAAGAUAAAAACACCAAUUUUGCUCAAAUCGAUGAAAAUGUCAACACAACUGUAGCUCUUGCACAAAAUAAUUUAGUCAAAUAUACUUAAAAAUACUCUUGGCGAUAUAUCGAUACUGUAUCAUCACAUUAAACGAUACGAUAUAUCAGUAUUUUAAUAUUUUUGCACACCACUAUUAAUAAGAGGGCGGAAGGAACUAAGGGGCGUUACCUUCAACAGUCUCGCUCCUGAUUGGUUCUUCAGUCGCUGUGAUACUUGAAUUUCAAAUCUGUAACUCGGCUCCAAAUCGGUUCCUAAAUCUGUGUCAUUCGUCAUUCGUUCAUUUGUUUUUCAAAAUAAAACCAAAAAUAAGAAAAAGCAACAGUUUUCUUCAUUAUUUGUCUCCAAAACCAAAAUAAAAAACAGAUAAUGAUUCAUUUUUUUUCAGUUUUUUGAUUUUGUGUUUAAAUGAAAAAUGGAAAAAAAACAGAUAAAGGAAGUUUCCCGUUUACGUGACUUAAACUGUGACGCCAGGACUGAACCAGGACUGAACCAGGACUGAACCAGGACUAAAUUGUUUUCAGUCCUGGCCUCAGUCCUGGUCUGGUCCUGGUCUCAGUCCUGGCCCUGUUCCUGGCCUCAGUCCUGGUCUGGUCCUGGUUUGGUCCCGGUCUCAGUCCCUGUCUGGACCCGGUCUCAGUUCCGGUCUGAGUCCUGGUUUGAUUCCGGUCUGGUCCCGGAUCUGGUUCAGUCCUGGUUCAGUCCUGGUUCAGUCCUGGUUCAGUCCUGGUUCAGUCCGGCGUCACAGUUUAAGUCACGUAAACGGGAAACAUCCUUUAUCCGUGUUUUUUUUUUUCCCAUUUUUCAUUUAAACACAAAAUCAAAAACUGAAAAAAAACGAAUAAUUAUCUGUUUUUUCAUUUUCUUAUUUUUGCUUUUAUUUUGAAAAACGACUGAACAAACGACACACGGAUUCUCCUGUAACUUCUGCCCUGGGUGAGCUUCGUUUGACUGUAUAUCCGGCCACCGCGGUCGCCGUCUCGCUCCGUCCGUCCGCUUCGUUACGCGGUCUGUGAGUUCGCCGUUAAACUCGUUUCUUUUGCCUUUACUCGGUUAUUUUGUUAUUUUGUAAAAUGCCUUAAAAAUAAAUAAAUCACACAUUCUCUCUCUCUGUGUGUGUGAGCGGACUCGCCUCUCCGCAGAGCUCGACGAGUAACGAGAGGCGUUCAGUGCCCUCCGACGGAAAAGUUACACGGUGAAUCUUUAAAUUAGAAUUUAAAAAAAAAAAAAAAAGCAAAUGACUUUUUAGUUUAGUGCAUGUUUAGAUGUAGAGAUAGUGAGAGCUGAGACCUCCUGAUUGUAUCUUUUAUGGCUAUUUCCCAAUUUUAUUUUUAAAUCAAAACCAAACUUAUCUACCUAUAUAACAACAUUAUUACACAACUUUUAAUUUCAGUUUUUAUUUUUUAUUUUUUGGUCUUCUCUUGUCUCUUCUCUCCACCAAGCACUUAAAACUCAGCGCAGGGCAACAGUGGUUUUCAGUCAGACCUUUUUUUUUUUUUUUUUUGUUUUGUUUUUAUUUUCCUCUUUUAUUUUAAAAACUCUUAUUUUGAACAGGCGCAAAAUAAGGCAGGAAGCGGAAGGGUUUUUACAGGAAGCGCGGCGGUUGUUGCCUGGGCGACGGAGUUCUUGUACUUAACGAAUCAAAACGGCAGCGAUCAGGUUGUGAUCAUUGUUUCAAAAAAAAAAAAUAUUGCAAAUUAAAAAGUGUCUGGUUGACCACAUUAAUACCAAAUAAUGAA